GAAUAUGUAUAGAUAAUAACAUAAUGACAAAAGUAAAGAAAACACAGUAAUUUAUAGUGGUUCGGCCCCAGAAUCUGGUAAUGACCUACGUCCACUUAGAAUGAUAUUGAUAUGGGAACAAAAGUGUGAUCAGAGAGCUUGGGCUCAAUGAGUUUCAACACUCCUCAUAAACAAUACUAGUUUUCGCAGAUAAUUUCUAUAUUUCUAUGAUUUCCGGGCUCCCCCAAAAAAGGUCCCUUCCCAUGAGCCAUCUCCUGCUUUUUAUAGGCUCAUGGAGGGUUGCCCAAUAUUGUUACAGAUAUUAUCCCCUGAAUCAUGGGAUAUUCAGAAGAUUGCAUGAAAUAAAUUCGGGAUACAUAAGAUCUUUCCAUAAAUGUUGCUUUGCCAGCGGAACCACCGACCAGUCUGGUCGUGGUAAAAACAGGUCUGUCCUGCUUCUGGCGUGUCUCCUGGUCGAUACUCUAGCAGACGCUCCAGGUGUCAGCCACGUGUCAAGAGAUUAUUUGCCACGUCACAAAUGCUAAUUUAUUGGAUAACAUUUGCCCCCCAAAGUUUAUUUACCACGAACAGUAAAUAAACUUUGAACGAACGACCCUUCGGUAACCCCUCCUGACGUGUCAGAGCCCUUCGUGCGUUCUUGAAAAAAGCAAACCACUCCUGUCUAAUCAAGGCUUUUCGGUUUCCCAGAAACAAUUUUGACGGCCAUUACGCUUCCCUUAUUAACCUCUUGUGUUUAUUUUCAUGCAGAUAUGUCGACUCCCAAUAUCUUUGACAUGUACCAGGCCGAAGAGGAAGAGGAAGUCCCUCAACUUCAACGGAGGUCAAAGAAACGAACUGGUGAAACCAGUCGAGGCCCUUCAGCCAAGAAGAGUCGACCAGAAGACCUUCCUCAGGGCACUCCAACCGGGCAAAGUCCUGCGCCAACUGGGCGAACUCCUACCCCUCCUCCAGCUCCUUCUGAACAGCAAAACACCCCUGCUCGGUCCAAUCCUCCACCUGCGCCUGCUAGGGAGCAUCUUUCUCGCGAAGAGGCUCAUGAGGCCAGGCUCGUGAGCCAUACCAUUCGAUCCGCUAAGGAUCGAAUUGAACGGAUUGGCAGAGGUGAGCGUGUUGGGGCUGCCAUGAUCCAAGCUGUAGAGCUACCAGUCGAUCAGAUCCUGAACAGGACUCUGAACGAGAUCUCCAGUGCCUUACUUUCUGCCAUUACUGCUCGUACCCGAGCCCAGGCCUACUUUGAGCAGAUUGAGGCUAAAGUUCUCGAGAAACAUCAGGUGAAGGCGGCUGAGGAGCUUUCGGCUGCUAAAGCCAAACAUGCUAAGGAGUUGGGGACGGUGGUCCGAGAGCGGGAUGCAGCGGUGACCAAACUGUCCGCGGCUGAAGCUGCUAAAGAUGCAGCGGUUAAGCUGAGGGAAGAGUACCGGUCGUACAAUAAAACUCAUCUCCGCGAGAUCAAGCAUCUGGAGGGGGUAGUCAAGUCUAAGGACGAGACUAUUGCCACUCUCGAGGGCAAGGUGCAGCAGUCGGAGCUUGACAACUCCAAGAAUCUGGAAAAGUAUAAGAGGGCGACACUCCGAUGUUUCUAUAACUUUUGGAAACACAAUCAGGGUGCUGACUUUAGCUACCUUUCAGAGGAGGUCAGAGUUGCGGAGUUGGCUCGAUGCGCUGCUCAACUGGCUGAAGAGGAGGCGAGAGCUGCGACUCCUGCAACCCCAAGCGUCGUUGGUUUGGACGAAGAAACCAUCGAGGAAGAGACUGACCAGGUUGUUGCCCAGGAUCCUCCUGUCCCUCAUGCCUCUUAAUUUAUUUAGCUGUUCUUCUUUCUUUUUAAACACGCGACCCACGGGUCGCGAUGUAAAGACAAUAAUUUCUUUUUAAACUUUGCUGCACGGGCAGUAAAUCUUUUUGUUUGAACAAUUACAUCCAAGCAGCAAUGCUUGCGGUGUAAAAGCUUGACUCUUGGUGUUAUAAUAUUUUUAGUUAUUAUAACGUUUGUCCGUAUGACCGAACUUAGCAUA